AAUUGUUACUUCCGGUCCAAAAUGUCAACAAGAAUUUGGGGUCACGUUUUCAGGAAUGUUUUGAAACCUCAAAGAAAAUGUCAACGUUUUAUUGCGCCUGGAUUUUGUACAAAAGCAUCAGGGUCACCAGAUGAGUUCAGUGUGCAAUACCUAGAAGAAGGGGCAGUUGCAGUGUUUUCUCUGAACAGACAGUCAGCAAGAAAUGCUAUCAGUAAAAGUCUGAUGACAAAGUUACGAGAUGCACUUCAAACUGUUAAAUUUGACAGCAACUUGCGGGCACUUAUUAUAAGAAGUCUGGUACCAGGAACAUUCUGUGCAGGUGCAGACUUGAAAGAACGAGCUACCAUGAAGCCAGAGGAAGUAGGACCAUUUGUUACCAGCUUACGGGGAUCUCUGUCAGAUAUCGCAAAUCUUCCAAUACCUACUAUAGUAGCACUAGAUGGAACAGCUGUUGGUGGGGGACUGGAAAUGGCCCUGGCCUGUGAUAUCAGAGUAGCUGCGGAUACAGCUAAGAUGGGACUUGUGGAAACCAAGUUGGCAAUUAUACCUGGUGGAGGUGGAACACAGAGGCUGACAAGAGUUGUGGGUCCUUCUAUUGCUAAGGAAAUGAUAUUUACUGCACGGAUAAUUGAUGGUGUUCAAGCACGUGAGAUAGGUCUCGUCAACCAUUCUGUGCCUCAGAAUGAUGACGGUGAUGCCGCGUUCCAAAGAUCAAUUGAAUUAGCCAGGGAGAUUGCUCCUCAGGGACCCAUAGCACUAAAAAUGGCAAAGCUGGCAAUCAAUCAGGGAAAUGAGGUGGACUUGGAAAGUGCUCUUAAGUUUGAGGAAAUGUGCUAUGCUCAGACGAUUCCAACCAAAGACAGAAUGGAAGGUUUGAUGGCCUUUAAAGAAAAACGCCCACCUAAAUACAAAGGUCACUAAGAAGUAACCUGCUUCAUACAGAUGCAUUAUAAACAUUGCAGAACAAAUCAUUAUUGAGCAAAAUUGACAACUUUUUAAUUUUAGUAUGAGUGAUACCUUUGUAGUCUAUUUAUGCAGUAGUUUUCAUUAAUUAUAUUUGCAGUAAGAAAGAGCCAAUAUCAACUUUUGUUACAAAAAAACAAAAUCAAUUUGAAAUCUGAAAAUGUUUAGUAAUUUUUAGCUCAUCUGAUUUUUUGAAAAAAACAUGAGUUAUUGUCAUCACUUGAUCAGCGUCAUCGUUGGCGUUGGCAUUGCCUGGUUAAGUUUUAUGUUUAGGUCAGCUUUUCUCCUAAACUAUCAAAGCUAUUGCUUUAAAACUUGCAACACUUGUUCACCAUCAAUAGCUGACUCAGUACAGCAAGAAACAUAACUCCAUCCUGCUUUUUGCAAGAAUUAUGGUCCCUUUUGGUCUUAGAAAGUAUCAUAAAAACACAUUGGUAGGACAAUAUUUCUAUUAUACAGAGAUAAAAAAAUUUAAUCAGAUGAACGUCUGCACCUGCAAGGCGGUGCGCUUGUUUUGAUUUUUUUACUCCUGAAAGAAUAAUAGGUUAAUAUACAUCUGCGGUGAAACUGGGUGUGCCAUUGCAACCAAAAGCACACCCCAGAGACAAUGACGUCAGAUGUGCCAAUGUCACUUCAGCAAGUUAAUCAUAUUUGUGUAAUUUAAAGGUAAAUGUGUUUACUGUUUGUAGUAAGGUGUGUGAUCAAUAUAGGUGUUGUUACUUUGUUAAAAUUGUAUUAUUUAAUGCAAAGUAUAUUUGAUAUACAAUCUAUGUUGACAUAUAUACAUUUCUGAUUGGUAUUUGUAUCACAUGUGGGUGAUUGUGUGUGUAUUGUUGAACAUGUACUGUAGAAAUACAAAAUGAUUGUGUAUGCAUGCCUCUUGUUCAAUAUCAGGAGCACAGUGUAUCUGUAAGCCAGUUGCCAAUCAGUAAAGAUAAUAUUCCAUGACAAUAGCUAUAUUUGUGAAAAUCAAAAUUUAGGUGAUAAAAUAUUCACGGAUAACAUUUUGACCUUUCAAAUCUGAGAGUUUAAAGAAGUUAUCUUCACUAUACAAGUUUUGAUAAGUCAUGGACAUGGCAUCAAUAUCAAAGCAUUUUUAGAGCAUGUUUAUUUUAUGUCCUUUAUGCAAACACUAAUUUGACAUUAUAUAUUUAACUAUUUAAGAAGUAUUCAAAACAAAUUUAACCAUUUUUUGUUUCAUUAAGUACUUUUUUUCUAUAAACCACUGCCUAAUUAUGGUGUUUUUGAAUUAUGGUUGUCAUGGCAAUGAAGAUAACAUUUGUUUUUAAAAUGUCUCAGAUUUUGUUUUGUCAUAGAUUACUUGUGAUACAUUAGUUCUAAUUUCUGUAAUAACAGCAGAAAAAACAAUCAUUUUUCCGGUGUGUUGAAGUGUUUAUUGUGAAAUGCUUAUAUAAUUUCACUGUUAAAUACAGGAUUUCUUACGAAAUGGUCCAUGUAUAUUUGCACUCCACUGCCAAUGAAUUUCAAAUAUGUCACAGUAGUGAUGCAGUAUAAAUGUGUAUUGAAACUGAACAACAUUUAAACAAUGUCAGAAGUCUUCUCAAAAGUAAUAUCAAAAAGUUGAGUUCAAAAAUAAAAUUAUAUGGCUAUAAAAUGUGACCUAAAGUGGGACAUUUUGUUGCUUCCUCUGCACAAUUUUUCACUAGCAGUAAUAUUAUAUAUAUUGGCUUGUUAAAAAUUCAAAAUACAACUCCUGUUUGGUUGAGGAACCAAAUGAUCACAAGUAUUUUUAUCUCAGUUUUCAGGUUUGAGUUUGGCUAGGCAUAAAAAUUUUGAAAAGUUUAUAGUAAGGGCAGUGCUGUGAUAGUUUUCUAGAAUUGUUUUUUUUUUAUAUAUUUGUGGAUUAAAGGUUAGAUAAAUGGCUUGAUCUGUGAGAGUUUGGCUUAAAAUACUCGUAUAUAUACUUACUUGAUAGACAGAAUUUAUUUUGCUGAUAGACAGAAUUUAUUUUGCUGUGAGGCAUGGUUGUGAAGAUAUUGACUAAUAAAAAAGAAAUGUCAUGAAAACA